AUGACUACUCCUAAAGGACCCUUCCGUCUCGUCACUGUCAACACGGCCCCCGAGAGAGCCCAGCGCCUCAUCGGCCGUGUUGCUGAAGCCCUCAGUGACCGUUACACUAUCAUCCACGAGGCCAACUGCUCAACAAUCGAAGAGGUCGGCCCCAAGGUCUCGGAGCUGAUGCCGGACGUCCUGUUCAGCGCCUCCAUGUGGACCGCUGAAGAAGCCCAGUUUAUCCACUCCACCGCCAGAGACAUCAAGCCCGACAUCAAAUUGCACGCCAUCCCCACCGGACUGCAGGUGGAGAGAGGCCCCGACGCUAUUGUCGAAUACCUCUGCGAGAAGGUGCCCCCGCUGCUGGACAGCUAG